AUGGAAGGGCAAGAGCCAACUGCCUCCCAGUUAGAAGUAUUUUCUUCUAUUAUUAAGGAAGAGAACAAUAGAGCAUUCUGGGAGGACUCUUGGAGGAAAGACCAGGAGAGCAAUCCACUCCAUCCAGACCUUCAGCACCAGCACUUCCAGCAUUUCCGCUAUGAGGAGGCCUUGGGGCCCCGAGAGGUUUGCAGCCGCCUCCACUCUCUCUGCCGCCUGUGGCUGAAGCCAGAGCGACACUCCAAGGCGGAGAUGCUGGACCUGGUGAUCCUGGAGCAGUUCCUGGCCAUCCUUCCUGCAGAGAUGGAGCGCUGGGUGAGGGAAUGUGCAGUAGAGACCAGUUCCCAGGCUGUGGCUUUGGCUGAAGGAUUCCUCCUGAGUCGGGCAGAGGAGAGGAAGCAGGAGAAGCCCCAGGUGCAGAACUCAUUUGCAGAUGAGACCAGUCAGGUGGAGGAGUCUCCUUCAGACACCAUGCGUGUUGCCCACAUUGGAAAUGGAGAAUAUAUCAUACUUGGUAGUGAAACAUGGCCAAGUGAUAGUAGCACAACUUUUCAUGAUUCUUUCCUAAGAAGAGAUUCUGUGGGACCAGAUCAGGUGACUUUUGAAGAUGUUUCUGUGGAUUUCUCAGAGGAAGAGUGGGCCCUCUUGGAUCUGAGCCAAAAAGCCUUGCACCAGCAAAUCAUGGAGGAGAAUUUGGGGAUUGUGUCAUCUCUGGAUAUACGAAUGCCACCCUCUUCUUAAGUCAAAACCUUCUAUUGUAAGUACCCUUGAUUUGGUAAGUUUUAUCCAGUCGCUUAUCCAGACCAAAGCGCUUGCUUCGAAGUAUAGUUUCAAGUCAGGAACUCCGAAUCCUCCCUUUUUCUUGAGAUUAGUCAUAACAGUGAAUUUUAUUCUUGGUUUUUUCCCCUUCCAAAUAAAUUUCGUUAAGUCUUUAUUCCAAUCCGUAAAUAUUUUCGUAUUUCGAAUUAUAGGGAGAUUUUGGAACAGAUAGAUCAUUUUUGGUAGGAUAUUCAUUUUUAUUGCUGCGAUUCGGCCUAAUAAAGAUAGAUUUAACUUUUUCCAACACUCCAGUUCCUUCUGUAUUUCCUUCCAUUUGUUUAAAUAAUUAUUUUGAAGUAAUUGACUGUUCUUUGCUGUUAUCCAUAUACCCAAAUACUUUACUUUUGAUAAAAUUUUAAACCUAUUGUUUGUUCCAGUUUUUCCUGAUUCUUCUUUGAAAUAUUUUUAGUCAAGAUUAUUGAUUUUUUCCUAUUAAUUUUUAACCCCGCCACUUUUCCAAAUUCCUCUAUACUUUCAAUCCAUCUAUUUAUAUUUGAUCUAGGUUCUUCAAUAAUGCAAAUUAUAUCAUCUGCAAAUGCUCUUGCUUUGUAUUCAUGCUUGUCAAUUUUUAAUUCUUUUAAAUCUUUAUUGUUUCUAAUAUUUCUCAUUAGAAUCUCUAAAGAAAAAAUAAAAAUUAACGGUGACAGUGGGCAUCCUUGUUGGGUCCCUUUGGAUAUGGGGAAUUCAUUUGAGAGUUGUCCAUUUAUCAUUAUUCUGGCCGAUUGUUGGCUAUAUAUUGCUUCAAUUGCAUUUUGGAAUUAUAAUAAUAAUAAUAAAACUUUAUUUAUACCCCGCCACCAUCUCCCCAACGGGGACUCGGGGCGGCUUACAUGGGGCCAUGCCCAAAACAAUACAAUGUAAACAGCAUAUAAAAGAACAGCACAACAAAAUACAAUAAGCAAAACAGUAAAUAAUAUCCAUUACAAAAUAAAACAAGGAGACAAUAAAAACAAGGGCAGACCACAUGAACAUUAAGUUAAAACUCGGGGUGAGAAAGACAUAAAAAUAAAAACCAAACAGGGUCAUAAGGGAGUGGGGUAUUCUGGAGGAUAGAUAUUAGGGGGAGCAACGGAAAAGAAAUAUAAAAUGGUUACUCUCCAAAAGCACAGCGAAAGAGCCAUGUUUUCAAGUCUUUCUUGAAGGCUGCUAGUGUGGGGGCUUGCCUAAUCUCCGCAGACAGAGAAUUCCACAAUCGGGGGGCCACAGCAGAAAAGGCCCUCUCCCUUGUUCCCACAAGGCGGGUCUGGGAUAUCGGGAGUGGGGACAGGAGAGCUUCCCCUGAUGAACGAAGGGAUCGUGUAGGCUUGUGAUAGGAGAUACGGUCACGAAGGUAGGUGGGUCCCAAACCGUUUAGGGCUUUAUAUGUGAUGGUAUACACCUUGAAUUGGGACCGGAAAAUAAACGGCAGCCAGUGGAGCUCCUUGAACAGGGGAGUAGAUCUCUCCCUGUAACUCGCCCCCGUAAUUAACCUGGCAGCCGAGCGCUGGACCAAUUGUAGUUUCCGGGCCGUCUUCAAGGGAAGCCCCACGUAGAGCGCAUUACAGUAGUCCAACCUAGAGGUAACUAAGGCAUGCACCACCGUGGUCAAGUCAGACUUCACGAGGUAUGGUCGCAGUUGGCGCACAAGCUUGAGUUGUGCGAAGGCCCUCCCGGCCACCGCCGACACCUGCGCCUCAAGCGUCAGCGCUGAGUCCAGGAGGACCCCCAAACUGCGGACCUGUGAUUUCAGGGGGAGUGCGACCCCGUCCAGCACAGGUUGCCACCCAAUACCCCGUUCCGACGCGCGACUGACCAGGAGGGCCUCUGUCUUAUCAGGAUUGAUCCUCAGCUUGUUCCUCCUCAUCCAGUCCGCCACAGCGGCCAGGCAUCCGAGGGGCUUCCUUGGAGUCAGAUGGGAACGAGUAGUGGAUUUGCGUGUCAUCUGCGUAGAGAUGGCAACGCCCUCCAAAACUCCGGAUGACCUCUCCCAGCGGUUUCAUGUAGAUGUUGAAUAGCAUGGGGGAUAGAAUAGACCUUUGCGGGACCCCACAGGUCAAUGGCCAGGGGUCCGAGCAGGUGUCCCCCAGCUUCACCAACUGGGAACGGCCCUCCAGGAAGGAUUGGAGCCACAGCAGAACCGUGCCACCGAGCCCCAUCCCAGAGAGCCUCCCCAGAAGGAAUUGAUGGCCAAAGUCUAAUUCUCUAAACAAUAAUUUUAAAAAAUCCCAAUUUAUAUUGUCAAACGCUUUUUCAGCGUCUAAUAAAAGUAAAGCCAGUUCUUUUUUUUUAAUGUAUUUUUAUUGAGAUCUUUUAAUACAAUGCUUAAAAACUGGGGGAAAAUCACACUUUGGGGAAGGGGGAUGUACUGGUAAGGGGAGGGUGGUUAGGGAGGGGGUAUUUCAUGCAAGAGGGGGGAGAGGAGAGGAUAGAAAGGGAGGGGAUAUGAGGUGGAAUGAUUUAAGAGUGUGUAUUCUUCAUUUGUUUAACUCUGCAGAUUUCAUCAUCAGAUGACCAUUCCUCUUAUGACGAGUGUCCUGAUCACUUUUGGGUGUUUCCUUUUUCCUCUUCCAAGAGCUCUAAUCUCUAUUUCUUUUCCUCUGAUUCUAGCAUUCUUUGUCUUAUGUAUUCCUCGAAAUUUGACCAAUCCGUUUCUUUUAUUGGGUUUCCUUGUUGUUUCUUCAUUAGGAAUGUCAGCUUGUCCAUAUUCUUUAUAUCACUUAUCUUUAUCAGCCACUGGUCUGUUGUAGGUACUUGGUUUGAUCUCCAGAUUCUUGCAAAAACAAUUCUGGCCCCCGUGACUAAAUAAUUUAAGAUCUUUUCUUCGUUUUUUCCUAAGUUCGUGUUAGUCACCCCUAACAGAUAUAGUUCUGGUCUAAAUGGUAAGUCUUUUUUCAAUAUUUUCCGGGAUUCUUUGUGUAUUUCUGUCCAAUAUUUCUUCGUUUUAGCACAUGCCCACCACAUGUGGAAAAAAUUUCCCUCUUUCUCCUGGCAUUUCCAGCAUUUCUUUCGUUUAUCUUUCUUGUAGUGACCUAAUUUUUUCGGAGUUAUGUACCAUCUAUAUAUCAUUUUGAACUGGUUUUCUCUAAGAUCCGAGGCAUAAUUAAAUUUCAUAUUUUUAACCCAAAACUUUUCCCAUUCUUCGUAUAGGAUUGGUCUUCCUAUAUCCCUUGCCCACUGGGUCAUACAUGUCUUUACAUGUUCAGUUUCAGUAUCCCAUUCCAGUAAUUUUUUGUAUAUUUUUGUAAUCAACUUAUUUUCCGAGUUCAGAAUUUUUUCCCAGUCCGAAUCCAAAUUCAUGAAACCUUUCUGUUUAUCUUUGUUGAAUUGCUCCUUUAUUUGUCUGUAGUGUAGCCAUGUUAUUUGCGGGGAUAAUUUCUGUAAUUCUUCUUGUGAUCUUAAAAGGUAAUCGUUAUCCUGUCUUAUAACCAUGUCCUUAUAUGUUGGCCAGUUCAGUUUUCCUCGUUGUUCCUUCAAUAUUAUUUCUAGAGGCGCUAACCACAGUGGGGUUUUGGGGAACAUCCUGUUUCUAUAUUUUAUCCAUAUCUUGUUCAAUGAGUCUCUUAUUGUAUGGUUUUUGAAUGUUCUCGCUUCUUUUUUGUCUGGGGUGCCCCAUGUAAAUAUAUGCCAACUAGAUUUGAGGUUAAAGCCCUCUAGGUUUAGAGUUUUCUUACUUUUUAGGAGCAACCAGUCUCUUACCCAUCUUAUUACACAGGAUUCAUAGUAUAGUUGUAGGUCUGGAAGAUUCAUUCCUCCUCUGGAUCUGUCAUCUGUAAGAUUUUUGAAUUUUAUCCUCGGCUUUCUUCCUUGCCAUACGAAUUUCGAUAUAUCUUUUUGCCAUUCAUGGAAGGGUUUUUGCGUCCUAAUGAUUGGUAGGUUUUGGAAUAGAAAUAGCAUCUUUGGGAGUAUAUACGUCUUGAUCGCUGCUAUCCUUCCUAAUAAUGAUAAAUCUUGACUAUUCCAGCUGUUUAGAUCUUUCUUAAUUUCUUUCCACUUGCAGUCAUAGUUGUUUUUUAUAAGAUGAUUAUUGUUUGUUAAUAUAUUUAUUCCCAGGUAUUUCAUCUUGGUUAUGAUUUUUAAACCUGUUUUCUCCGAUAGUCUUCUUUGUCUAUCUUCUGUCAUAUUUUUCGUCGUUGCUUGGGUUUUCCCUAAAUUUAUCUUAAGGCCUGAUAUUUCGCCGUAGUUCUUCACCUUUCCUAUCCAGUUUUCUGUGGUGUUUAUCGGGUUUUAAUGAUGCACAUCAUAUCGUCUGCAAAAGCCCUGCAUUUAUAUUUUUGUCCUUGAAUUUCCGCCCCCUUUAAGUUUUCGUCUUGCCUGAUAUGGUUUAAUAAUAUUUCCAUGACCGAUAUAAAAAGAAGAGGUGACAGCGGGCAUCCUUGUCUUGUCCCUCUCUGAAUCUCUAUUUUCUCCGACUCCAAUCCGUUUAUUAUUAUUUUGGCCUCCUGAGAGUUGUAAAUUGUUUCUAUUGCGUUUUGCAUAUGUGUUCCAAUAUCCAAUCUUCUUAGUAAUUUUUUGAAAAAGAGCCAAUUUACACUAUCGAAUGCUUUUUCUAUAUCCAAUGACAAGAAUAGUAUUUCUUUCUGUUUUUCCUCUUCAUAAUAUAUAUAAAACAAUAUCACUUCUGCAAUGCUAAUAAGCCAGGCAAGUGGUUAACGAGGAAACUGAGGAAAAGAAAAGAAAAGCCAUAUAUAAAUAUAAUAAAAACUAAAGAAGCAACGUUCACAAGAGAGGAUGACAUAUUGAAGCAAUUCAGAACCUCUACAAAAAAGAAAACAUAGAAGAGGAUAAAAUAAUAAAAUUUCUAGAACAACAAAAUCUAACCAGGGCCACAGAAGAACAGAAAAGAGAUCUUAAUAAAGAAAUUACGGAUCGGGAAAUUAAAAACGCAAUAAAAAAUUUGAACUCGCAGAAGGCGCCAGGUCCAGAUGGACUGACUGCCGCAUAUUAUAAAACAUUUGAGGAAAUUCUUACUCCACAUUUAAAAAUUAUCAUGAACCAAGCAAUGUCAGAAUGCAAAAUCCCACAGACCUGGAAGCAAGCAACGAUAACAAUGAUCCAUAAAGAGAAUUCGCCAGACACUGAUAUGAAAAGCUAUAGACCUAUCUCAUUGUUGAAUGUGGACUACAAACUAUUUGCAAGCAUAUUAACAAACAGAUUAAAAGAUUUUUUGAAAACCUGGAUAAAAGAGGAACAAUCAGGAUUUCUACCCCAACGAAAAAUAAGUGAUAACAUCAGAACGAUCUUAGAUCUAAUCGAGUAAAGCCAGUUCUUUUUGAUGAUGAUGUUUGUAAUAUUCCAGGGUAUCUACUAUAAUUCUUACAUUGUCCUGAAUGCUUCUGUUCGGGAGAAAGCCUGUUUGAUCCUCUCCUAUCCAUUCCUUUAGAAAAUUCCUUAAUCGACUGGCUAGGAUAUUUGAAAAAAUUUUGUAAUCCGUAUUUAAUAAGGAUAUUGGACGAUAAUUUGCAAACUCUUCUAGAUCCGCACCUUCUUUUUUUAACAUUACUAUUUCGGCUUUCUUCCACGUGUCCGGAAUUUCUUUAUCCCUUAGUGCCGCGUUCAUUAGUCUUUUCAAAAACUGGACAGUCUCUUCUUUCAUAACUUUAUAAAAAUUGGCUGAAUACCCAUCCGGUCCUGGUGAUUUGUUUAUUUUUAAAUCUUUUAUAGCCUUGAUAAUUUCCUCUUCUGAUAUUUCUCUGUUUAGUGCUUCUCUUUGUUCAUCAGAUAUUUUGGGGAGAUUUUGUUUACAUAAAAAUUCCGUUAUUUUUCCUUUAUCUAUUUUGUCUUCUGUAUAUAAAUGUUGGUAAUAGUCCUUAAAAUGUUCCAGAAUAUCUUUAUCUGUAACCAACAGUUUUUCCCCAGCUUUAAUUUUGGAAAUAUGUUGUGAUUGUCUUUUCUUCUUAAUUUGUCUGGCAAGCCACUUCCCUGUUUUAUUAGCGUUUUCGAAAUUAUUUUGCUUUACGUAUUUCAUUUGUUUCGCCAAUUGUUCCAAUUCCAAAUUAUUUAACUUUUUUUCAUAGAUAUCCAAUUUGUUUUUAGUUUUACUAUCCUUAGGGUUACUUUUCAGUUGAGAUUCCAGUAGUCCAAUCUCUCUUUUAAUGUCAUUCAGUUUCUUAUCUUUCCACUUCCUUUUCCUAGAAUUUUGCUGUAUUAGAUGGCCUCUCAUAACCGCCUUGUAAGUAUCCCAAACAGUUUGCAUUUUUACUUCUUCUGUAUCAUUAAUUUUUAAAAAAUCCUUAGUUAUAUUCUUAUUUUUAAGCACAUCCUCUUCCAAUUUUAUUAAGUUGUUAUCUAAUCGCCAUUUCCAAUUUUGUCUUUUAUAAUUAAUAAUCAUCUCUAAUGCAUUAUGGUCCGAAAUAUCGCUGCGAAGAAUUUGAAUUACUCCAAUUUUUGUGGAAAGUGUUUUUGAAGUCCAAAUCAUAUCUAUCCUCGACCAACUCUGAUGUCGAUUUGAAUAAAAGGUGUAAUCCUUCUGAUUUUUAUUUCGUUCUCGCCAUAUAUCUUCCAGUCCUAAUUCUUCUUGUAACAAGAUAAAGUUUUUAGGUAAGGUAUCUAUUUCUUCCUUUAUUUUUUUUGAUUUUUGAUAAGUUUUGUCCAAUUUAACAUUUAUUACCCCGUUGAAAUCUCGUAACAUAAUUAUAUAGUCAUAUUCGUCUUGGGUUAUUUUUUCUUUCAAGUCUUUUAUGAAUUGUGUUUUAGCUCCAUUUUGGGCAUAAAUAUUACAAAUUAAUACAUUAUUACAGCCAAUCUUUGUCUUUACACCAAUCAUGCGCCCCUCUUGGUCUUUAAAUUUUAAUUCCGAUGGUAGAGUUUCAUCUACAUAAAGCACUACACCUCUUUUUUUUUUCUUCUGCCGAGGAAAAAAAUUCGUUCCCUAAUUUUUUUUGUUUUAGAUAUGUAGAAUGUUUUCGAGCAAUGUGGGUUUCUUGCAAUGCUAUUAUGUUAUACUUCCCUUUACUAAUUUUAUUAAAGAACCUAUUUCUUUUAUUAGGUGAAUUCAGACCAUUGAUAUUGUUUGAGUAGCAUUUUAUUUGUUUUUCAAAAUCACUCAUCAUCUAUUUUUUUGUCUUUAUCCAAAUCAUCGAGGUUUCCAUCAUCAUCCUCAUCAUCAUCUGUCAACUGCGCGCCUGCUUCUAGUGGUUCACCCUGCGGAGAGUAAAAUCUACGUUUCUUUGGUUUCUUUGUGCUUGGGGAUGGUGGUGGUGACUUGUCUUCUUUCAUUUCUUUUCCCUUGUUUAACUUCUUCAAAAAAUAUUUCGCUUUUUCUUCUGAUGUUAGCCAAUAUUUCUGGUCUUUAUAGGUAACCAUGACCCCUUCAUACUUCUCCCAUCUGUAUCUUAUUUGUCUUUUUUUUAGCUCAUCCGUUAAGAAAAAAUAUUUGCAACGUCUUUCUAGGGUAGCAAGUGCGUAUUCCUUUAAUACUGCUAUUUUCGUAUUUUUAUAAUAAAUUGGGUUCUUGCUGUUUUGUUUUAAUACUUCAUUCCUGAUUCUUCUUUUGACAAAAUACACAAUAGUAUCCCUGGGGACUUUAUUCCUCUUAGCAUAGUUGGUUUGCACACGAAAGGUACGAUCAAUUUCUCCAUCUAUUUCUUGCUCUGUACGCUCCAAGCAUUUAGCAAUUAGUUGGACCAUUAUUUGUCUUAUAUUUUCCGAAGCUUGUUCUUUUAUGUUUCUGAAUCUUAACUGGAAUUCUUUUUCGUUAAUGUCAAACUUUUCUUGUAAUUUUUCCAGCCUUUCAUUUUUAAUAGUAAGUGCUACCAUCUUUUGUUGCACAUUAGUUUGAAUUUUAUCUCUUUUAGCAUUUUCCAUUUUUAUUUCCUUGAUAUCCCCUAUAGCCUCUGUCAGUUCACUUCUAAAUCUCCCUAUUUCUUCUUUAAUUUCUUUUUUCAUUUCCGACAUUUCUUCUUUGUUUUUGUUGUACUUCUUGUUUCUCUGCCAUCUCCUGUAUAUCUUUUCACAGCUCGUUCAUCAGGCAAUCCUGUUUCUGAGAAAUUUUCUGAAUUUCCCGCAUCAGGUCAUUCAUAUUUGUGUCUCCAGACAGAGAGCUUCUUCUUCCCAAAUUGGGGUUUGGCAAACUUGGUAAGCUCUUAAUGUCUUUUGGCUUAGUAGAUGUCAUUGUCUUUAUCUUUCCUUAUUUAUAUUUAUUGAUGUCUUCUCUUUCGCAGGCCUCAAAAGGGUCUUUCACUUAUUUCCCUCUUGUUCCAGAUGUCUUAAUGUUCCAUGCAGUAUUUCCACACUCUCCCACAAAUUAGGGUUGCACCUUUAGUUUCCUUUAACUUUAAAACCAAGGAUUUUAAACUUGCACCUUUGUUAUUUUCUUUAACUUUAAUCCAGUCAACGCACCAUCCAAUGUUCCUUCUCUCUUUUUAUUCUUCCUUUCUCCACCGUCGUCUAGUGUCCGCUGUCCCACUGUCCUCGUUAUCCUCGUUGUCCUCACUGUCUCUCAAACAUUCAUCUGUUCGUUAGUCUUCCUUAUGGUUAUUAUAUUCUUCUUAUUUACCCCUCUUUAUUUAAGUUAUUUAAGUUUUAAUCACCUCCCCCCUUUUAGUUCCAAUUAAUACAAAGUUGAUAAUAUCAUAUAAUUAAUUAGGUCGGGAGGGGAUCCUUAAUUUGCUGGUAAUCCACUGAUAUCGUUCCGUUUUUAUUUUUAAAAUUGAUUAUUCGCAGUUACCUGCCACUCUAGAUCGCUCUUUCUCACUGGUUCCUGUUGUCCCAAGUCCUCCCAGUCCGAUUUUUAUAAAUUCCGAGUCACUUCCUUCUCCUUUCUUCCCUUCCACGUUUCCCUUCGUCAGUCUAGGGUUUCGUUAGCCAGCUCUUUGGUGUGAGCUCUUCCACUCCUUUCCUCCCCACCAAAUUUGUUUCCAAGGGGGCGGAUUUCCUAGGGCACCAUCUCUAGUUCCCUUCCUUUUCCCAGAGCGCCACGAGGCUUUUUUGUUUUGGAAGAAGGGUAUCAGUGUAGUCAAAAUAGUCUGGAUUUCAAGGUCAGUCAGUCAAAUUUAUGAGUUUUCCAUUCUGGAGCCGUUACACAGACCCCUUUAUAUUUGUUAAGAAUACCAAUAUUAAAUGAUUUAAUUGCAUAUAAUAAAUACUCUCCGGGAUAUUAUUGUUCAAUCUGUACUGGCUUCUUUGUUGCACAUUUAAUCCCGUCGGUUUUAUAAUCUUAUCUUGUCUGCUUCUAUCUCCUAUUAAAUAAUAAUCUGACCAAUAUCUCAUUAAGCAUAGCUGAUAAUAUUUUGAGAGCUAAAGGAAAUAUAUUUCUGGAUUUUUCAUCCUUUCAUGUAUUCUGGUUAAUGCAAAUAUUUCCUAUCAUAUAUAUUCAGGGUUAAAAAUACAUAUAAUUGAGAUUUUUGAUUCGAAGUGCGGGAAUGGGUUUCAUGUAGUUAUAUGUAUGUGGUACUGAAUUUUCUUGUAUGAAAUAACUAAGAAAGAAUCACUGAGAAUUUGUUUUCUAUCUAUUCAUGCUUACUGGUUUCUGUGAAUCUUUCUUGUCCUAUCAAUAACAUAUAAAAAAUAAUCAAUCAAA